AUAGAUCUUCUUGAAGCGACCUCCCACUCCAGAGGUCAAGAAGGGUUAAGAAGAAGGUGUUGGGGGCCCGCCUCCUCAUCCAGCCCAGAAAGGACUUACCUUACUUCUCAGCUGGACCUCGCCCCAACUCUCUGAAGGUGGAUCUGCAGAGAGCCAGAGGACGAGAGGAGCCAAGAGCAGUGCUCACUCAGGCUGCCCCAGACUAAGGCCAGUGCCCACUCUUCUGCAUCAUCAGGACAGGCAGCCUCAUGCUGGGCCCUCACUUCCCUCCACAGCCCCUCGGGCCUGGAGAAGGGAGGCUGACCCCCUGCACCUUCCAGAUCCCUGAUGGGAGCUACAGGUGCCUGGCGCUGGAGGCCGAGGAGAGCAGCAGUGAGGAGGGCCUGCAGGGAGAGGUGGGGCCCAUGGACCAGGGAGAGAACAAGGUGGCCAGCAGCAGCAGCGGCAGCAGCAACUCUGCCUGGAGAGCCACGCAAGGGCUGCCACAGCUGCCCAGAGCCCUGGGCAUCCAGCCACCCAGAUGUUCCAGGGAAGCACCAGGGGGGUCCCAGCAUGACAACAGGGCCAACCAGGACUGGAACGUGGUGAAGGCCCAGCAGGUGAUGACAGCCAGCCCCAGCCCCAGCCCCAGCCCUGGGCCCAGGGUGGCCCAGAAACCAGCACUGGGCCGGAGCACUAGCCUCACCGAGAAGGAUCUGAAAGAGGCCAAGGCGCGGAGCCAGCAGAUCGCAGCCCAGCUGACCACCCCUCCCAGCUCCAAUUCCCGGGGUGUCCAGCUCUUCAACAGGCGCCGGCAGAGAGUGAACGAGUUCACUUUGGAGAGCCACGGCCAGAGGGUGCAGGAGCCUGGCCAGGAGUCCCCAAGAGUACCCUGUGCAAGCCCCGCAGGCCAUGCCCCAGGACUCAGCUUGAGUUCCACCUUGCUGCCCAAGCCAGGCUCUUCCAGGCACCCUGACCCUGAGACCCGCCACAGAAGGGUCUCUACCCAAAGUAUGGAGGGGUACUCGGAAGAGACCAGCUUGCUGCGGCACCUGGAGAAGGUGGCCAGUGAGGAGGAAGAGGUCCCACUGGUGGUUUAUUUAAAGGAGAAUGCAGCUCUGCUGACAGCCAAUGGGCUCCACCUGUCCCAGAACCGAGAGGCCCAGGAGUCCCCGCCCACCCCUCCUCCAGCGGAGGUCCACAGCCCAGCAGCAGAUGUCAACCAAAACCUUUCCUCAUCCAGUACUGGGCUCACCACACCAGCUCCUAACAGCAACCACAACCUGCCAGCCACCGAUGUCAAUCAGAACCCCCCAGCAGCUGUCACCCCCCAAAGCCUGCCACAUUCUAGCACCCAACAGAAUUCUUCCGAGGCACAGUGCCCACAGAAUGGCACGAGGCCAGAUUCCAAACCCAGCACCCUGUGUGCUGAUGGGCAGCCCCAGGCGCCAGUGGAGGAGGUGAGAUCCAGCAUGCUCCUGAUUGACAAGGUCUCAACUCCACCUUCUGCCACUGGCACCUGCUCCAGAGAAGCUACCCCCAUCCAGGGCUCCGGACCCCUGGUCCAAGAUUUCAUGUCCAGCUCCCUGCUCAUCGAUGUGCAGCCCAGCACCCUAGUGAUGUCAACAGAACAAGAGAUGUCCGGGCGGGUAGCAGCCACCACACCCACCAAGGUGUACAGUGAGGUCCACCUCACGUUGGCCAAGCCCCAGUCCGUGGUGAACAGGACGGCCAGACCUUUUGGGAUCCAGGCACCCGGGGGCACUAGCCAAAUAGAGCGGAGCCCCAUGAUGGAGAGACGACACUUUGGGGAGAAGGCCUCUGCUCCCCAGCACCCCGCCAUGGUAGACAGGAGUCCCCGGCCUCAGAGACAUGUAAUGUCCCACAGCCCCAUGGUGGAAAGGAGGCUGGUGGGGCAGCGAAGCCCUGCCUUGGAGAGACGCCCCUUGGGGAACUUCACCCCACCCCCCACCUAUGCAGAGACCUUGUCUGCGGCUCCCCCGGCGUCCCGGGUUAGGUCUCCCCCCUCUUAUUCUGCCCUGUAUCCUAGCUCCGACCCCAAGCCUUCCCAUCUGAAGGGCCAGGCAGUUCCUGCCAGCAAGACAGGCAUUUUGGAGGAGUCGAUGAUCCGCAGAGGCAGUCGAAAAUCCAUGUUCACCUUUGUGGAGAAGCCGAAGGUCACCCCCAAUCCAGACCUGCUGGAUCUGGUACAGACGGCCGAUGAGAAGCGGAGGCAGAGGGACCAGGGGGACACCUGUGCCGAGGAGGAGCCCUUUGCGCUGGGGGCCGAGGCUUCCAACUUCCAGCAGGAACCAGCCCCUAGGGACAGGGCCAGCCCCGCUGCAGCUGAGGAGGCUGUCCCUGAGUGGGCCUCCUGCCUCAAGUCACCCCGCAUCCAGGCCAAGCCGAAGCCCAAACCCAACCAGAACCUCUCAGAAGCCUCUGGGAAGGGGGCUGAGCUCUACGCCCGCCGCCAGUCACGGAUGGAGAAGUAUGUCAUCGAAUCUUCAGGCCACACUGAAAUGGCCCGUUGCCCUUCACCCACCAUGUCCCUGCCUUCAUCCUGGAAAUACUCCACUAAUGCCCCUGGGGGCUUCCGAGUGGCAUCCUUAAGCCCAGCGCGGACCCCGCCUGCCUCCCUCUACCAUGGCUACCUGCCUGAGAAUGGGGUCCUGCGCCCAGAGCCCACCAAGCAGGCCCCCUACCAGAUGCGGCCCUCUCUCUUUGUCCUCUCGCCCAUCAAAGAACCUGCCAAGGCCACGCCUCGAUCUGCCUCCUCAAGAGCUGCAUCCUCAAGAGCCGCCUCACCAAGAGCCGCCUCCCCCGCCAAGCCCAGCUCCCUGGACCUAGUGCCCAGCCUGCCCAAGGCGGGCCUCCCACCAUCUCCGGCACUGCCUCGGGCUUCCCGCUCCUCCCCAGGCCUCUACACCUCACCUGGCCAGGACGGCCUCCAGCCCACUGCCGUGAGCCCCACCUACAGCAGUGAUAUCUCCCCCGUGUCUCCCUCCCGGGCAUGGUCUCCCCGCGCCAAGCAGGCCCCCAGGCCCUCCUUCUCUACCCGGAACGCAGGGAUCGAGGCUCAGGACCGCCAGGAGAGCCUGCCUACCUCCCCGCCCUGGACGCCCAGCGCGUCCCGGCCCCCUAGCAGCCUGGACGGCUGGGUGAGCCCAGGGCCGUGGGAACCGGGCCGCGGGAGCAGCAUGGGAAGCCCCCCGCCGCUGCCGCCGCCGCCCAUGUCUCCCUCGUGGAGCGAGCGUUCAGUAUCUCCGCUGCGAACCGAGACCGAGGUGCGUCCGCCCAGCCGCCAGCUGCAAGCGCUCCUGGCGCGAAACAUCAUCAACGCGGCCCGGCGCAAGAGCGCCUCCCCGCGGUCAGCGGGCGCCGAGAGCCUUCGGCCCUUUUCGCCUCCCGGGGUACCGCCGCCGCCGCCGCCACCGCGCAUGCGCUCGCCGCAGCCCGCCCGCUCCAGCCCAGGGUUGGCAAGGGCGGCGGCGUUCACGCCCAUCCCGCCCAGCCCCUUGCUGGCCGGACCCUCGUCCUGCACUAGUCCCCGGAGCCCACUGCCUGCGCCGCCCAGGCCCUUUCCCUACCGCAGGUCGCCCACGGACUCCGACGUGUCUCUUGAUUCUGAGGACUCUGGGGUUAAAUCGCCUGGCAUCCUCGGCUACAACAUCUGUCCCCGCGGAUGGAACGGUAGCCUGAGGCUCAAACGCGGCAGCCUCCCCACGGAGGCCUCCUGCACUACCUAAAGCCCCAGCCCCGGAGGGCCGAGCCGGAAGAAAAGUUAUUAGGCCUGGGGGACCCCGGCCUGGCGACCCGCAAGGGAUCUGGCCUCAUUGGAUAAUAUCAGAGAUAAGUGGUCAGGAAGUAGCGCUCUGGGUUUAGGAACCGAGUAAGGAUCCAAGCUUGGGUCUUAGCUCAUGCUCUAUUAUUCAGUGCUGUGACCCUGGACUAGACCCUUCCUCCGUCUUGUCCUCAGCUUUUCUCAUCUGUUUAAUACAGCUUUGGACAAAGGAGUCGCCAAAAUCUAAAAUUCCCCUUCCAUCAACACACAGAAACACUAGUGCCUUGGAGGAUGCAGUUGCGCAUAGGACCCUUGAACUUGCUGCAUUCCAGGGUUCCACACCCCCUCCUGGCUCUUUGCUCUCUGGAGUCUGGCAAAUAAGGGGUAUAUUCAUAAGAACCUAGGCCAUGUCCCAAGUCCAGGCCCUGACUUGACCACCCAGCUCCCUGGCACCACGUCCCAAGCAGGAGCAGCUGUUUUCCAUCCCUUCUGGGACAAGCUCUAUUUUUACCCAGUGACCUUUAGAGAGAUCUCCCAAGGCAGCUCAAGGUGCCUUGCUCAUCCCUCCGGAGAGAAGGGGCAGAAAGAUUCUCCCUGGACCCUGUCAUGCUCCUUUCUCCAUCCCAGGUCAGACUGUUCAGGGCAUCCCUUCUGUAGCCAGGGCAAUAAUUUUCCACAGUCCUGUCUUGGGCCUCCAACCUGCCUAUCUUCUGGGCCUGUUCAUGGCAGGUUCUGGGCUCAAAGCUCCGCUAAAGAGAGAAGAAGAAAUACAGAAUUACCCUGUGGCCUUACCUGAUUACCCUCAGUUUGGAGUUGCCCAUUUGGAAAGAGAGAGGCAAAGAGUUCCUUGUUAUAGAAAGUAUGCAAACCAUGCAGGAUGCACAAAGGAGAAUCUAGCAGGGGAUAGAUUGGCUCAGACCACCUCCAAGAGCUCUUCCAGUCCUCAGAUGCAUUGCAUGGUAUUAGGAAGUAGGAAGGGUAAUGGUGACAAAUUGGCUGAGCUUGAAUUCAGGGGCAGACAAGCUUAGGUAGGUAAGUGAAGGGUUAGGCCAGAGUUUCUGGUCACCUAGGAAGCACCUCCCUCUUCAGUUUUAGGCCCCAUCCCCAGUGUCCAUAUCAUAACCAGAAGAGUGGGCACUGUCCCACCUACCUCUUUAUCAUUGCAGUCUGGCCUAGCUCAUGCCUCGUCCCAGGGACCUUGGGGACCCUAGCUACAGGCCCUAGCCCAUCCCUUAAACCUUAGUAGUUCUGAUUCCAAUCCCUAGGAGGGAACCGGAGAGGAAUGUGGCUGUUCUGUAGUUUCUAGAGCAGGAUGGUGGUAUCCUCUGGAAGUUCAGAUUAUCAGUUUCAGAAUACUUUGCCAGGAUGCAGCAGAGCGGUGACUGAAACUGGCUAAGGAUCAAGUAUCUGUAGGUGAAAGAAUAUUAGGAUGUGGUGAGGAACAGUAUAAUUUUGGGUUAGGGAUAGACUUGCCCACCCAGCAGAGUAACUUUAGUCCUAGAACCUUCUGUGUAAGGCUAGGGAAAACAAGGGUAAUGAUGAAAGAGAGUCGGGGUUGGAGUGGGGCACUUUGGAAUAAAGGAGUGAUCCCAGAGGGUUCCUAGGGCCUGGGGUCAUGGACCCUGUUGGUAGGAAGAUGAGAUGGGACUCCUCCUCAUUUAAUAAGUGACCACAUUUACCAAAGCCCCUACCUGCUGCAGGGACCCUUGUAGCAUAGGAAACCAGGGCUAAGAGUACCGCCCAGAGAAAAGAUACUGAGGCCUCUGGCUGAUGCACUGGCAUAGAAGAUCCAUUUCUACCUGCAUUUCUCCACAGAGCCAACAGGAGGCAGCCUUGGGAAGCUGCAGUUCUUUCUCUGACUGUGCUCUCCUUGUGACUGCCAUCUCCCCCACCCUCUCCUCUAACCCUCUAGAGAUUGCUUGUGUCCUGCCUCUAACCUCCUGUAGAAUUCAGCUAAAUAAAUGCUUCCUGCAUUC